GUUUUCAUCCUUGAUCUGUUGAUCUUGCUUGGUCUUUCAUUCAAUCGGAUCUGAUCUUCGUAAUAAUGUAUAUUUCGACUUCCUUCAUUGCCAUCCUAGCUGCGGCCAGCACCACCCAGGCCUUCCAAUUCUCGGAUAUCACAUCGGCGGCCUCGGACAUCAAGCGCUCCGUCAGUGAAGCUGCCUCUUCCCUAUUCGCGCGGGAUGACGUCUGCGCGGUCUGGAAGGACAUCUCGACUACCCUCACGGCGCAAUUCCUCGCAGAUGGUCAAUGCACCGAUGCUGCCCGCGCAGCCAUCCGAGGCGCUUUCCAUGAUUGCUUCAACGGCGCCUGUGACGGCUCCCUCAUCCUCGCCGACGAGUGCUCCAACUCAGAGAAUGGAGGCCUAGGGACUCUAUGCCCCAACCUUGCAGAUCUGGCGAAGGACAAGAAUGUCGGUGUAGCCGAUCUCAUCCAGUUCGCAGCCGCCCAUGCCAUCAAGACAUGUCCAGGAGGCCCAACCAUCCCCUUUAAGGUUGGCCGCAAGGACUCUAGCACCCCGGCUCCCCUCGGUAUCCUCCCUCCAGGCAAUGCUAAAGCCGACGACCUCAUCAAGCUCUUCGCCUCCAAGGGAUUUUCAGCUAUCGACCUCGCUGCCCUCGUUGGCGCCCACAGUACAGCCAAGCAGUUCGUUACCGACCCAUCGCAAGCCGGCGCUGCCAUGGACUCUACUCCUGGCGAGUUUGAUACCAAGUUCUACUCGGAGACGCUCAAGGGCCAGGCACCCUUUACCCUGGAGUCCGACAAGAACCUCGCGAAGAACCUAGUUACCACCGGCCCAUUCGCGGCUUUCGCGGCGAGCAAGGCGGCAUGGGCUGCCGCGUUUGUGCCUGCGAUGACGAAGAUGUCAAUGAUGGGUGUUCAAGGGGAGCUAACAGACUGCACGUCUGCGCUACCUGGUGGCAGCGCUAAGCGCGACGUUAAGAGGGCCCCGCUUUUCGAUCGACUAAAGUGGUAAUCGGAAGUUCGACGACUACUCAUUCUCACGACGGUGACUCUUCAACUUCAACUUGGUUAAUAUCCGGCGUUUGUAUACAUAUUUAGGGGGGUGUCUUGCGGCGUUCCAUCGGCGCUGCUGAUGCAUUUUGGGAGGUCGGUCCAAUAGUGCAUUUUCCUGGACAUUCUCCAAAACUGGUAAAUAAAGUAGAACCGUAUUUUCAUGCUGUGUAUAAUGGAUAAUUUUCAUGAUACUUCAUUUCUGAAUCCAAGUUUAACUGCGAAAG